AUUUACAAAAUGGGUCAAGCUAAAAGUCAGUUUACAGAAGAAGAAAUUCAAGAUUAUCAGGAUUUAACUUACUUUACUAAGAAAGAAGUUUUAUAUGCUCAUCAGGCAUUUAAAGCGUUAGCUCCAGAAAAGGUUGGUCACAACAAAAAUGCUAAAUUACCGAUGACAAAAAUAUUACAGUAUCCAGAAUUAAAAGUAAAUCCAUUUGGAGAUCGAAUAUGUCAUAUAUUCAGUUCAAGUCACGAUGGUGAUUGUACAUUUGAAGAUUUUUUAGAUAUGAUGUCGGUAUUUAGUGAUAAUGCACCGAAAGCAGUAAAAGCUGAACAUGCAUUCAGAUUAUUUGAUUUUGAUGGAGAUGAUAUGUUGGGAGUAUCGGAUUUACGUCAAGUGAUUGAUCGUUUAACUGGUGAUCAAAUUUUAUCGGAAAGUGAGAAAACACAUUUAAUACAAAAUAUAUUAGACGAAGCUGAUUUAGAUGACGAUGGUGCGUUAUCAUUUGCUGAAUUUGAACACAUUAUCGAUAAAUCAUCAGACUUUUUAAAUGCCUUCCGAAUACGUCUAUGAUAGACAAUGACUAAAGUCAGUAAUUUGAAGCCAUUUAAAUGGUUUUCAAAAUAUCGAAUUAUAUUAAAGCUCGUACUUUUUUAAAAGCACCAUUAAUGGAGGUGUUUCUUUUUUUCAAAUUUAUGUACUUUUUAUUGCAUAAAUAUCAAGUCUUAAAAAGAUACAAGUAGGGGAAAAAUGUUGGAAUGAUGAAAUCAUUUAAAAAUUAAUUUUCAGUUUAUAGAUUUUUUACCGUAAUUGUCUUUAAUAUAUGAUUUUCAAGGAAUUUAAUUUCAAUAACAUUAUUCAAUCUCUUUGAUAAUUUAUACAAAGAAACUUAACUGAAUCGAACCGUUUUAUUAAAACACUGUGCCACUAAAAAUUCACAUAUUUCCAGUAUAACUCAAAACUUAUAUAUUUCCCUCAUAUUUUAGUGAAAAGCGGACUAAGUGCAUUAGGCAUGAAAAUUUAUAUAGACUUAAGUCACUUUUUUUAUAAAUAAAAUCGUAACUUGUAUCAAGUCGUGUGCAUAAUGCAAAAAAUAUUGAAAAUAAUUUUUUCACAUUUAGAAGUUUCAGUUAGAGAAGCCUAUUUUUAUGCUAGAUAAAAUAGUCUAGCUAAAGCGUCUUAUAUACAGUGAACUUCUUUUUUAUUCUACGUUGUUUAAAUAGAGGCAACAAGUGUAAUAACUACUUUGUAAUUAAUUAUUGACUCCAGUUAAAAAACUACUUGCAGUAUAUACGUACAUCUCUUAAUAAUUCGUUGAUCAUUAAAAUAACUUAGUUUAAUGGCAAUAUUUUUUUUUUUUUUUUGGUAUCCUAAUAUUCUAUUAUCAAUUCCAAAAGGAACUAUAAAUAGGUCUGAUGAAUAGAUAACAUGAACGGCAACUGCCCAGUGGUAGUCACCUAAUCGAAUUUAUAGUAUGUCAACUAUAAUUAAAACUAUUUACGUAAAUCUAAAUCUUAAAUCUAGAACACUUUGUCUAUUUAGUCUAUUUACUCUUUCACUAUUGUCUAAGAGAUUGAUUACUUCAAUAUUUGGGUGCCUUUCAAGGCGAGUUAAGUAACUUUCACUGAACCGCGUAAUUUCUUCGCGCACUGUGGGCACUUCAAGACUACGGUGAAUGUCGUCAUUACGCACGUACCAGGGAGAUUCACUAAUUGUUCGUAACACUUGAUUGAAACCGUUGAAUAAUUUCGAUGUUACUGUUGCUAUCAGUUCCCCAUACUUGAAUCCCAUAAGUCCACACAGGUUUAAAAAUUGUUUUAUACCCUAGCACUUUAUUGUCUAAUGAUAACUUAGAUUUAUGACCUAACAGCCAGUAAAGUUUCGAAAAUUUAAAAUUUAAUUGUUUUCUCUUGGACCAGACGUUUUUGCGCCAAGUUGUCUCUUCUGUCUAAGAGAAUUUCCAGGUAUUUCACUUGCCUGUGGAAAACUGACAUUGUUCAUUUUUACAGCUGGACAAGUUUCCCUUCUUAAAGAGAAUGUUACUUGAACUUAUUUUUGUUCAUUUACUUGAAUACGCCACUUUUGUAACCAGUUUUGUAUUUUAUCUAUACUAUUUUGUAGUCUUUGCGAAGCUACAUUUGGAUCCACGUCUGUGGAUAAUAUUGCAGUAUCAUCUGCAAAAGUAGCUAUGGUAUUUUUUCCGUCGGCUGGUAAGUCCGCAGUAUAUAUCAAGUAGAGAGUUGGGCCCAGAACGCUGCUCUGUGGUAUGCUAGAUUGAAUAGGUAACAAGUCAGAUAACUCUUCUUGAACUUUGACCUGGAAAUGCCGAUCUUCUAGAUAUGAUUUCAAAAUACAAUAAUAUGUACUUGGAAGAUGUUGAAGAAUGACAUUAUGAUCAAAAAGAAAAUAGUUUCUAUUGAAAAUAGAAAGCAAAAUUCGUUGGGGGCUUUUGAUACGUCAUUCAAAAUGAUAAAUUAAACGCCCAUGUACAUUUUUCAUCUUAUGAAAUUUGUCAAGUCAAACCUUUGUUAACAUUAAUUAAUAAUAUUAAUAAUGCUUAAGUCAUGCUUAAUGUAAUAAGGUGCGACUUAUUGUGAAAGUAGUAUGUAAGUUAUUAUAAGUAUGUAAUAUUAUGUAAGUAGUUGUUG